GAGAACCACUGCAAGCACCAGGCCAGUGGGAAGGGGUUCCUGCUGCACAUGGGAAAGAUCUCAGCCUGAGGCGUCUAGUUACCUUUCGCUGCCUAUGCAAAGUGCCUCUUUGGGGAUGACGGUACCAAAUUGUUAUUUUAGAAGUUAGAUGUGUGUCAUUGUCAACACUUUAGAUGGCCAUGUCAGAAUUCGUUAAGGCCUAAUUAAAUUUACCUCAGGCCCAGCCCAAGUUUGGAGGGGACGGUGAAUUCCAUGGUGCUGUCUGGAUUUGUGGCACUGGGUCAAGACUUACAGAAUCAGAACAGUACAUGAAGGUUGUUCAACAUUAUCUAAUUCUUCUUCAUGUUAAAGAUAAUAGCAUUGAAAAUAAGACAGUCUCUAGGUUGUUCAUAGCAGAGCCUCGCAUGGCCCAUAAGACUCCAGAUCCACUAUAAUGAAGUCAACACAGAUUCUUGGAGAAGUGAUUUUUGAGAAACUGCAAUUUAGGGAGAAGAAACAUCUUAUUUUUGAGAGCUUUUGAAGGCUUUCUAAACUUGUGGGGCUUAAAGUAGUAAUAGGAAAAAUUGUCAUGACCUGUAAUUUAAACACUUUCCAUAUCAAUAAAUAUUUAUCUUCAUCAUCAUUUGUAACACCAAUACAGGGAUCCAUACUUUGGAUAUAUAUUACGCACCUUGCUUAGCUAAUCUAUUAUUGGAUGUUUAUGCUUUCAGUUCUUUUGUGGUAUUUAAUAAAUAGACACAUAAUUUUCAAAACAGUCACUAGGAAAGAAAUGUUUAAAUUCACUCAAAAAUGUCCGAAGGUUAUCAAGAUUGAUUUCAGAGUCACCAGGGGACAGAUUCACGGCCCUUCCUAUUUCUUCUCAUGUUUCCAAGGAAUGUUUUCCUUUUACUAAACUGUUGUCUGGAAACUCUGACAGGUGAUUCCUGGAGCUGCAAGAUCAAGUCUCAUGACUUCUGUCUUACAACGUUCCUUGUUCUGGCUGCAUAGUUUCUAUUCUUUCCCCAAAGCAGCCGAAAAUGAGCAAAUUCCAGGGAUCAGUAACGUUCAAGGAUGUCAUUGUGGAAUUCACCAAGGAGGAGUGGCAAUUACUGGACGAAGCUCAGAGGGCCCUGUACAAGGAAGUGAUGCGGGAGAACUACCGUCACCUCGUCUCAGUGGGUUAUUUUGUGAAUAAGUCAAAUGCAGUUUUGAAGUUGAAGCAAGGAAAGGAGCCAUGGAUAUUAGAAGUAGAGUUUCCACAUCAGAACUACACUGAUCUAUGGAAGAUUCAUGAAUCACAAGAAAGACACCAGGAAAGCCAAGCGGAAACGUCCAGGACUGGAGAACCCACAAAUCAGAAGACUCAUACCAAAGAGAAAACCUAUACAUGCAAUGAAUGUGGGAAGUCCUUCUACCAGAAGUCUAUCCUUACAGUACAUCAGAAUACUCAUUCGAAGGACAAACCCAGUGAAGGUGGGAAAUCUGUACCCGGCAAUGGAGACCUCACAAGACAUCAGAAGACUCACACUAGAGAGAAAGCUUAUGAAUGUCAAGAAUGUAAGAAAACUUUCUACCACCUGUCAUCUCUCAGUAGACAUUUGAGAACUCAUGCAGGGGAGAAACCCUAUGAAUGUGAUCAGUGUGGGAAAUCCUUCUACCAGAAGCCACACCUCACAGAACAUAAGAAAACACACACAGGAGAGAAACCCUACGAAUGUACUGAAUGUGGGAAAUUCUUCUAUGUUAAGGCAUACCUAAUGGUGCAUCAGAAAACACACACGGGGGAGAAACCAUAUCAGUGUAAGGAAUGCGGGAAAUACUUUUCCCAGAAAUCGCACCUUACAGUACAUCAAAGAACACACACGGGGGAAAAGCCUUAUAAAUGUAAGGAAUGUGGGAAAUUCUUCUCUAGAAACUCACACCUCAAAACUCAUCAGAGAACUCACACUGGGGAGAAACCCUAUAAAUGUACUGAAUGUGGGAAAUGCUUCUACCAGAAGUCAGCCCUCACAGUACAUCAGCGAACUCACACAGGAGAGAAACCCUUUGAGUGUAAUAAAUGUGGAAAACACUUUUACUAUAAAUCUGACCUUACUAAACAUCAGAGAAAACACACAGGGGAGAAGCCCUACAAAUGUCAUGAAUGUGGUAAAUCUUUCUCUGUGAAUUCAGUCCUGCGGUUACAUCAAAGAACUCACACUGGAGAGAAACCUUAUGAAUGUAAGGAAUGUGGGAAAUUAUUCUCUCAGAAGUCACAUUUUAUCAUACACCAAAGAAAACAUACAGGGGAGAAACCUUAUGAAUGUCAAGAUUGUAAGAAAUCUUUUAUCCAGAAGUCAGAACUCACUGCACAUCAAAAGACACACAGAGCAAGAAAGAGCAAAUAAAUAGUAUGAAUUGGGAACUUCUGUCUGAAUGCACCAUUCAGAAUAAUGAGAUAAUUUACACAAGACAAAAUCUUAGGAAUACCAUCAAUAUGGGGAACUUUAGCGACAAUCCUUCACAGAGAGGAAAUACAGAGAGAAAUUCUAUGAGUGAAAUUUUUACCAUAUGUCAGACUUAACUAAAUAUAAGACAACAUAGAUAGCAGAAACACUGCAAAUCAUGAGACAUGAGAAAACCUUUGAGAAGUCAGACUUUAUUGUACAACAUAAGAAUCACACAGGAGAGAAGUCCUGUAAGUAAAAUGAAUGUCAGGAAAUUUUCUGGCAGGGCAGCCAUCACCAGACAUCCAAAAGCUCAUGUGAGAGACUCUGUCAGUAUCCUGAUCAUUCAGAAGUCUUUUUACCCCAGUUAGACUCAGAACACAGAGGGGCUGACUGCAAAGAUGGGAACAGAUACAGAAACUUCCAUCAGAAGUAAUGUUUCAGCAAAUGUCAGACUAUUGAUACUGGGAUAGAACCUUUAAAUAUAUGAAAGCUUUUAAAAGAAAAUUCAAAGAGAAUCUAUUCUGAGGGAAAUAGUGAUACCAGAAGUCAUGUUACAGAGAUUUGACUGUAAGGUGUGUGUUUUUGUUGUUUUUUUAAAGAAAACUAAAACUAUCUAGAUAUAUUAAGGUUUUAAAAGUACAAAUAAAUUGAAUAAUCAGGCAACCUCAUUAAACACAUGGAGAGUCCUGUAGUAUGUAGGGCUUAUGUAUGUAUGUGAGUACACUACAAAACACAGCCUGUGGUGUUUGAUGUGCGUGUGGAACCCAUACUUGUACAUAGGGAAAUAUGUCACUUUAGUUCAGUAGUUUUUAUGUACAUGAAGAUAUUUUGCAUUAUGUUUUAGCAGUGACUCCUGUCAAUGUGCAUUUAAGUAUAUUUUUUAAUUAUAAUGUAUCUUUUUCUGUUUUCUGUCAUUUUUAAAUGAAUAUGUAUGUUGUUACUAACUAAUCCUUCAGAAAGAAGUUAAAAAUGUUUUUGUAAAAUUUUCAACUGUCAGCUACAUUUUACAUUAGGAACACAUUUAUAGGAAAAGCCCGAGUUUAUUUUUUCAAACAGCUAAUAAUCCUCUACACAGUAAACAAAUAAUCCUAUGUAAGCAAAUGUUGUCUAUCUUACUGUUGAUGUUUUAGCAGGGUGCAGAGUUAUCUGUUUUGUAUUUUGUAGGGGGUCCUAAGUGUUCUGUGCUGCCUGUUUAUUUCUGGUAGAAGCGACAUGGCAUAGGCUCCAACUCCAGCAUGGGGCAGGCCACACAACCUCUCGAUGCCUCAGUAUACUUUUUGUAGGAGAAAUAAUAUGUUAGGAUUGCUUUGGGAAUAAAUGAGUUAUUUUAAUGCACUUAGAAUAGUUUCUGAGAUGGAAAAAUAGCUAUAUGUUAGAUAUUAUCAUCAUUAUAAUGUGUCUCUUUUGAAUUAUGCUGCAGAAAAAGAUUGGCUGCCAACAUUCAUCCCAGCCUUUAUUGCUGUAGUGCCAUUUGGUUGGUUUGUACCUUUUCCCAGAAGUGACCUAGAGCUGGCCCACGCCCAUUUUUGCAGCUGGCAAAUUAAGGAUGGCUUUACAUUUCUAAAUAGCUGAAAAAAAUAAUGUUUUGUGAUGAGAAAUUUAUGAGAUAUUCAAAUUUCAGCAUCUCUCUAAUGAAGUUUUUAUACAAAAUCCAUUCAUUUCUGCUUUACUUUCCUGUUCCAAGAGCAGAGCUGAGUAGUCCCAGCAGAGACCCAAUGGCCCAUAGAGCCGAAGAUAGUUCCUAAGUGGCACUUUACAAUGUUACCUUGUUCUGCUCCUUAGAGCUAAAAGCACUACAACCAAUGUAAAGGCACUUUUAUAUUUGGUAUGUGUUUCAGAAAUGGUGCAUACAGCAAUUUGUGGUGGGGUAGUUUUGUGCUAUAUGCUUAUUUUGCAUAGUAUAUUUACAUGCAAAAAGACUAAACAUUAGAAUUUUUUUCAAAUAAAUGUAUUUUACUUAAUGAUUUUUCAUGACAUCAAGAAAUUUCCUGAUGGAAUGUAGCAGUGAAUAUACAAAAUAAACAGUGUCUAAAUAAAGUUGAAUUGUUAAUGGA